AUGCGUUGUCUGAUCCUAGUCGCGUUAGUUGGCGUGUCCUGCAUGGCUGUUGUCGUUCCUCCUGCACGAAAUAACGUAGCGGAAUGUGUGAUGUGCGAACUUGCUGUACGUAUCACUGCUCCAAGACUUGGAAAGGAUACGGUUGAAAUUGAAGAGGUAUUCAACAACGAAUGUAAAAAAGAGCUAAAGCUUCCCAUCGAGUACAAGGAAUGCGAGAAGUACAUUGACAAGCACCUCGAUCCUAUCAUCCAUGAGCUCGAAUCAGGAACAGCUCCAAAAGAUGUUUGUACUAAGCUACAUGGUUGUAAAUAA